AUGUUCGUCUACAAGCGAGAUGGACGCAAGGAACGCGUGCAGUUCGACAAGAUCACAGCUCGUGUCUCGAGAUUGUGCUAUGGCCUCGAUCCAGAGCAUGUUGAUGCAGCCGCCAUCACCCAAAAGGUCAUCUCUGGUGUCUAUCAAGGCGUGACCACCAUCGAACUCGACAAUCUUGCCGCAGAGACCGCGGCAUACAUGACAGUCACCCACCCCGACUAUGCCAUCCUGGCAGCACGUAUUGCCGUCUCAAACCUCCACAAGCAGACCAAGAAGCAGUUCUCUGCCGUCAUCUCAGACCUCUAUCACUAUACCAACCCCAAGAACAACAAAUUCUCCCCCAUGAUCUCCAAAGAGACGUACGAAUGCGUCAUGAGACACGCUGAUGAACUCAACUCGGCCAUAGUCUAUGACCGGGACUUCAACUACCAAUACUUUGGCUUUAAGACGUUGGAGAAAUCAUACCUGCUCAAGAUUGGCAAGCAAGUCGCCGAACGACCACAGCAUAUGAUCAUGCGUGUGGCUGUGGGCAUCCACGGCGACGAUAUUGAGAAGGCCAUCGAGACAUACAAUCUCAUGUCCCAGAAGUGCUUCACUCAUGCGUCCCCGACACUCUUCAAUGCUGGAACUCCACAGCCCCAGCUGUCCUCUUGCUUCUUGAUCGACAUGAAGGAGGACAGCAUCGAGGGUAUCUACGACACUCUCAAGACGUGUGCCAUGAUCUCCAAGACAGCUGGUGGUAUUGGCCUCAAUGCUCACUGCAUUCGUGCAACCGGAUCCUAUAUUGCAGGAACCAAUGGCACCUCAAAUGGCCUCAUUCCCAUGCUCCGUGUGUUCAACAACACGGCCCGCUACGUCGACCAGGGCGGCAACAAGCGACCGGGCGCUUUCGCCAUCUACUUGGAGCCCUGGCACGCUGAUGUCUUCGAGUUCUUGAACCUAAGAAAGAACCACGGCAAGGAGGAAGUCCGAGCUCGUGACUUGUUCUAUGCUAUGUGGACUCCCGACUUGUUCAUGGAGCGUGUCGAGAAGAACCAGGAAUGGACUCUUUUCUGCCCUCAUGAAGCUCCAGGGCUUGCCGAUGUGUACGGCGACGACUUCAAGGAGCUCUACGAGAGAUACGAAAAGGAGGGCCGUGGCCGUCAGACAGUCAAGGCCCAGAAGCUGUGGUAUGCCAUCCUUGAGGCUCAGACUGAGACGGGUACUCCCUACAUGCUCUACAAGGAUGCUUGCAACAGGAAGAGCAACCAGAAGAACUUGGGAACCAUUCGAAGCUCCAAUCUCUGCACCGAGAUUGUCGAGUACACAGCCCCGGAUGAGGUUGCUGUCUGCAAUCUGGCUUCUCUGGCUCUUCCAACCUUUGUCGAUCAAGCCCGUGGCGAGUAUGACUUCGGCCGCCUCCACGAGGUCACUCAAGUGGUCACCCGCAAUUUGAACAAGAUCAUCGACAUCAACUACUACCCUGUGCCAGAGGCCAAGAAGAGCAACAUGCGACACCGUCCUAUUGGUCUUGGUGUUCAAGGUCUUGCAGAUGCAUUCCUUGCCCUGCGUCUGCCCUUUGACUCUCCAGAGGCUCGACAACUCAACAUCCAGAUCUUUGAGACCAUUUACCAUGCUGCUCUCACUGCUUCAUGCGAGCUUGCAAGGGAGCAAGGCGCCUAUGAAACAUACGAGGGGAGCCCAGUCUCCCAAGGCAUUCUCCAAUACGACAUGUGGAAUGUCACUCCUUCCGACCUGUGGGACUGGGACUCACUGAAGGCCGACAUUGCCAAAUACGGGGUUCGCAACUCUCUGCUUGUUGCUCCCAUGCCUACCGCGUCAACCUCGCAGAUUCUUGGCAACAACGAAUGCUUCGAGCCAUAUACUUCCAACAUCUACUCCCGUCGUGUCCUGGCUGGUGAGUUUCAGGUCGUCAACCCAUGGCUCUUGAAGGACCUGGUCGACCUUGGCCUCUGGUCAGACAACAUGAAGAACCGUAUCAUCGCCGAUGGUGGUUCAGUUCAGAACAUCCCCAACAUCCCUGCUGACAUCAAGGCGUUGUACAAGACUGUCUGGGAAAUCAGCCAACGGACAAUCCUUCAAAUGGCGGCAGACCGGGGUGCCUUCAUCGACCAGUCCCAAUCUCUGAACAUCCACUUGAAGGAACCGACCAUGGGCAAAAUCACAUCCAUGCACUUUGCUGGCUGGAAGAUGGGUCUCAAGACCGGCAUGUACUACCUCCGCACCAUGGCUGCCACACAACCCAUUCAAUUCACUGUCGACCAAGAACAACUCAAGGUGGCCGAUACGAACAUUGCCCGCGAACGUUCUGGACCCAAGAAACGCACAUCCGUUGGCUUCAGCAGCAGUGUGUCAAACUACAACUCCAUCCCCAGGCCGAUGUAUCAGUCCAAGUCUUCCAACCUAGGCGGCAACAACACCGCGUCUAUUAAUGGCAUUCCAACGCCGACAUCAACUCCGCCAGCCGUCAGUGACGACAACAAGCAGAUUGGCUCGGUGGCCCACAAGCUCGCAAAGACACGCCUCAGCGAAGGCGAGUCGAGUACUGAGGUUUCACCCCGGAUUCUUGCCACAGACGCAACUUCGAGCCCGCCGGACGCUAUUGCAGAGGAAAGUCUGGAAAGCAGAUCGAAGGGCGAGCAGGAAGAAGACAAGGAGAGUGAGAACGGAGAAAGAGAAGAGGACAUUUAUGCCCAGAAAGUGCUUGCCUGUGAGUAUACCCUGUCACUUUUCCGUUAA